CAAUCUAUUCGUCCAUAAAUAUUCAUUAUAUCUUCCCAGUGCUACCCUCCAUCUGUCCAAUCUUCAAUUCGAACCUCCAGCCCACCAUCGUCAGUCAUUCCAGCAGCGAAAGGAUGGAUUUCGGCAAGAUGAUGGACGAUGCCGGCAAAGGCUUUGAUGAGUUUGCCACCAAUGCUGGGAAGAGUUUUGAAGAAGCUGGCAAAGGCUUCGACGAGUUUGCCACCAAUGCUGGAAAGAGUUUCGAAGAAGCGGGCAAGGGAAUGAACGAAUUCGGAGAGAACGUGCAGAAACAGGCAAAUGAAGCUGGCAAAGCGGCCGACGAGUUGGGAAAUAAUAUGUCUCACACAUUUUCUGAAGUUGUUGGAAACGCCUUGAAGCAGGCCGAACAGCUCGUUAUCAAGUUGACCAAGGAGGUCUCAGAAGACGCGAAAAGAGCUCUUGGCUUAGCGCAGGACGCUGAACGAGAGCUUCCUAUGAUGGCCCUGAAAGUGUCAGACUGGGUAUCCAACAUCCUGCCCAAACUACUUGAGGCAGCCGGAGACCUCGGUGAGAGCAUCAAGGAGCAAGUCCAAAAGGCUCAAGACUGGGUUUCUGAGCACCCGGACGUCGUGAUGUAUAUCGUGCUCGGCGUGACGGGUAUCGUUAUCCUAGCGGUACCCGGCUUGCUUAUGACCCCGAUUUUGAGCGGCCUGGGCUUUGGUGCUUCAGGAAUCGCGGCAGGAUCUAUGGCAGCAGCAAUCCAAUCCGGCAUCGGAAGUGUCGCGGCUGGAAGUGCCUUUGCUGGCCUAACGAGCGCAGCCAUGGGUGGUCUCGAGGGCACAGCGAUUGCGGCUGUCGGUCAGGCUAUUGGAGCAGCUAUGGCGGCGGGUGGUGCUGCUGGUGCUGCUUCGAAGUUGAUGAACAAUGAGUAGAAGCACGAAUAUUGUCGACAUAUGAUGACGCCUGUUUUGCAAGACUUUUGAGAAGUGGCAGUGAUGUCGAGGGAGAUAGUGGUACCUAGCAAUCGACUCAAAGCCGAAGAGGUGGCAGAAUGCGGAUAAUCGUCGGGAUAUGGUAGUUAGACGCAAGAGAUCCAAAGGUAAUUCCAAGCAAAACGUAUCGAAGGUGACAAACGCGAAAUGCAGGUAGCCCCGAUAUGGUCCAGCUUCCGUAGGAAUCUGUCCAGCCCAACGUAGAACUGUUUGUCACUUCAAACAAAUGGAAUGGAAAUAAAAGAAAUGGUCGAAAAGGGAAAGGAAUGGCAUUUUGUUGGUAGUCAAC